AUGUUCAGUAAAAUAUUACACUCUCAAACGCAUUCUUUGCAUGCAUCUUACGCCGUGUCGCUUGAGCUAGCAAAGGCAAAAAAACCUUUCACUGAUGGCAAUUUGAUAAAAAAAUGUGCUGUUGAAAUGGCCAAAGCUUUCGAUGAUUCUAAAAUGGCGGAGAAAUUUGAAUCAGUGCCACUUUCACAUCAAACCAUACAAAGAAGGAUUGUUGCUAUGGGUGAGCAAGUAGAAAAAUCUAUGCUUAGCCUGGUUAAGAAAAGUUCAUAUUUCUCACUUUGUUUGGAUGAAAGCACUGAUCAAACCGAUGUUAGUCAGCUAUUAAUAUUUGUGCGCACUACUUUUGAUGAUUUUACCAGUAAAGAGGAGUUAUUUGAUAUUUGUCCUCUUUAUGGAACAACAAAAGGAAAAGACAUCUAUAAGGCUGUGAAGAAAACAGUUGACAGAAUUGGAGGCUUUGAUAAAUCUUCAGCCAUAGCAACAGACGGGGCCCCAUCAAUGACAGGUAAAAAAAUUGGAUUAGUAGAUCUGCUUCGAGAGAAUGGUCUCACUUGCUCAACAAUUCAUUGUAUUAUACAUCAGGGAGCUUUAUGUGGAAAAUCAGUCAAGGAAGAUCAAGUUUUCCAAACCGUAAUUAAGAUUAUAAAUGUGAUUAGAGGUGGAAAUCGAUCUCUUUUACACAGGCAACUUAAGCAGUUUUUAGUGAAAACAGAGAGAAAAUCCCUGCAUUCCUCAACAAAUACGUUUCAUCUGACACAACUGAACUGGAAGAGAACAACCAUUGAUGAUCAACCACCCAACUUACAGCUUGAGUUAUGUGAUCUUCAAGCAGACAUGUUCCUUAUCACCAGACAAGAAAAGGGACCUGAAUUUUUCAAAUUACUGUCAACGGGAGAAAUUCCCAAACCUGCGAGAUUUUGGACUGAAAAUGACGUAAGACUGGAAUAA